AUGGAUGUUCCAUCCAAAGACGACAUACGCAAGAACCUCCAGACGUGCUUCUUGAGCGUUCGCAGUUCGAGACAGAGCUUGGAUUCUAGCCAAAAGAGCAAGCUCGAGGCGGCUAUGAAGGCUCUAAACAAGCUCAGCGGAAUUGGCGAGCAAUUUGCGAAGGCGGAGAAAAGGGCCGGUGCCCAGUUAUCUGACGACUUAUGCAUUCUCGACUUCAAAGGCCAGUUCUGGAUGGAGCAUCUUAUGUGGAUCGCGUGGACGUUGAAGGAUAUCGUGAUUGAGGGCGAUAGGGUUCACCCACUUCUUGAACGUGAAGAUCAGACAGUCAAAAGAGUUAUUAAGCAUUGGAUUGGAGGUGAUAUAGCCUUCAUAGCCCCGUAUGAGGAAUGCUGGCACGUUGUUUUGACAGAGCACAUCGAGAAGCCGGGCAAAUCGCAGGGCGAAUUCUCCAAGUAG